AUGAGCUCCUCGUGGCUCUUUGAUCCAGUGUGGACCCGUAUCAUACAAAAACUUGAUGCUAUUUGUGCUGACCAAGCCGCAACUGUGAGCGCACGCGGCAGGGGAGCAGAGGCGGCGCCCGGCACGGCGGGGCUGCCCAAGGCGCGGGCAAGACAGGCGACGGCAGGGGCGCAACCGCGCGAGGCGCUGCGCGUCGCGGCGGCGGCCAACGGGACGGCGCUGCUCCAGGAGGACGGCGGACCGAGGCGGCUGUCGACGAAGGGCGACCGCGGGGUUGCGACUGUUGUGGCGGCACGGCAGGGGGAGGCUCCGCUGGCCGAGAUGGCGGAUCGGCGGCGGGCAUCGCCGAGCGCAGCGGCAAGUGAGCCGCAGCUGACGACGAUGAUCGGCGAGGGAGUAGCAGUUCUCACUGUCGUCGCUCCUACUUUUGCCGCUGCUGUAAUCUCAGAGGAAAAGGGGUCGGGUGUGGCGUCGACCGUUGCGAUGGAGCCGGCUGUUGGGGUGAUGGCGACAAGGGCAAGGCCAGAAGUAUGUCGAUCCCCAGCUCGGCCGCCGGUCGAUCCGCCGCCAAGGAAGAAGGAGACGAAGGUGAAGAAUUCGAUACCAGAGAUGGUGAAGAAGUAG